CGGCGCCUGCGCAGUGCGGCGCGGUGCCGCGGUGCCGUUACCCGCCACUAUGUGCAGGGAAUAACGCCGAGGCCGUUGCCAGAGGGACACCGAGCGCUCCGCCCUCGCUCCCGCAUCCCGCGGGAUGCCGGCUCGCUGAGCACCCGCUAGCGACGGCCCCUCUCUGGCGCGGCGAGCCUCCUCGGAGGGUUUCUAGGAAUAAAAUGUAUUAGAGAUGCUGUAUUAUUUCUCUUGAUUCGGAUAACAUUAAGUGGACAUACAUUUCACUUGAAUGUGUUGUGAUACAGCUGUGGAAAGAUAAUUCUAUUGAUGACGUAGCUUUGCCAAGGAUUUAUCAGCUAAGCAGAAAAUGAGCUUAACAUCCUGGUUUUUGGUGAGCAGUGGAGGCACCCGACAUAGGCUGCCACGAGAAAUGAUUUUUGUUGGAAGAGAUGACUGUGAGCUGAUGUUACAGUCACGGAGUGUGGACAAGCAACAUGCUGUACUCAACUAUGAUGCCUCUACAGAUGAACACUUGGUGAAGGAUUUGGGCAGCUUGAAUGGGACGUUUGUGAAUGAUGUGAGGAUUCCAGAGCAGACAUAUAUCACUCUGAAGUUAGAAGAUAAAUUGAGAUUUGGAUAUGAUACUAAUCUUUUUACGGUGGUCAGGGGAGAGAUGAGAGUCCCUGAAGAAGCACUUAAGCAUGAAAAAUUCACAAGCCAACUCCAGUUAUCCCAAAAAUCUUCAGAGGCAGAAGGAUCGAAACAAAGCAGCUCCAAAAGUUCAGAGUCCAAGGUAACAGACUCCACAGCUGAAGUGCACCACAAGACUACAGAAGCACUGAAAUCUGAAGAAAAAACAGUGGAUCUUUCUGCCAUGCCUCGUGGAACACCUUUGUAUGGGCAGCCAGCCUGGUGGGGUGAAGAUGAAGCUGAUGAAAAAGGUGGUUGUAAGCCAGAUAGCAAGCAUGAAGAAAAAAUGCAUGAGAUGGGGGCUUCAGGGUGCAGCACAGAUGCCAAGCAACCUGAAGAGCAAUCUGCAUCUGCUAGUGAAGAACUUUAUCCUUUCUGUAGGGAGCCCAGUUAUUUUGAAAUCCCUACUAAAGAAUGCCAACAAGCUGCACAGGUAGCAGAAAGCACUAUUCAUGAAAUUCCAACAAAAGAUACCCAAAGCUCCCAUGCAGCAGCUUCAGGGCAUGCUUCCUUUACCAUUGAAUUCGAUGACAACACUCCAGGAAAAGUAAAGAUCAAAGAUCACGUGACAAAAUUCACAUCGGAKCAGCGUCACAAGUCAAAGAAGCCUUCUUCCUCCAGUGGUCAGGACCUGCCGGGGCUUCAAACGGUGAUGAUGGCUGCGGAGAGCAAAGUAGCAGAUUGGCUUGCACAGAACAAUCCUCCRAGAAUGAUAUGGGAACCAACGGAGGAGGAUUCCAAAAGUAUUAAGAGUGACGUUCCAGUGUACUUGAAGAGACUGAAAGGGAAUAAGCAUGAUGAUGGUACACAGAGUGAUUCAGAAAAUAUUAGUGCACACCGGCAUUACAGCAAACGGGCAGCACUUGAAGAGCACUUAAGGCAUCAUCAUACAGAGCUGAAAAAGUCACACCAGAAGGUCCAUUCCACAGAAAAGCAGCAAGAGCAAGCUGGUUUGAGUCAGACUGCCUUUAUGAUUGAGUUUUUUGAUGAAGACCAUCCUCGCAAGAGACGUUCUUACUCUUUUUCUCAGAAUGUAGGAGCUCUGUGCCCAGAAUCUCCAUCUCCAGCAUCUCAUGCACGAGGUGAAAGAGUGAAACCUGCAUCUGGAGAGAAGGUCCCCUCGCCGGUGCAAUCUAGCUCCUCACAUCACAGAGCAGUACAUGGUGUUCAUGCCAAGCUUCUAAAACAAAAGUCAGAAGAACCCUCUGCUGCAUUACCUGCCUUACAAGCUGCAUUGUUAAGGAGUUCAGGAAGCCUUGGCCAUAGGCCAAAUCAGAACCAGGAGAUGGACAAAAAGUUGAAAAGCCAACAUAUUUCUGCUGCUACUGAUAAGGACAAUGAGGAUGACCAGAGUGACAAAGGUACUUACACUAUUGAGUUGGAAAAUCCCAAUUCGGAAGAAAUGGAAGCCCGCAAAAUGAUUGACAAGGUAUUUGGAGUGGAUGACAGCCAGGAUUAUAAUAGGCCUGUUAUCAACGAGAACCAGAAAGAUUUAGUAAAAGAUUGGGCUAUAAAUUCUGCUACAGUAGUGCUGGAAGAAAAAAGACCACUGAGUACAACUGGAUUUCUUGACACAGAGGAAGGUUCUACUAACCCUGGAGGUAAACGUUGGGUAUCGCAGUGGGCCAGUUUGGCUGCUAAUCACACACGUCAUGACCAAGAUGACAUGAGAUUGGAGUCUUCUGUGCCUGCUCCAUUAGAAAAUGACACAGACAUCAGUGAGUCUGGUAUUUCUGUUAGAAGUGCUGGUUCAGCUGCUUCUGUGACUAGCCAAGGUGAGCGAAAGAGGAGAACACUUCCACAGCUUCCCAUAGAGGAGAGAGUGAAUGAAAACUCAAAACCAAAAACUUCAUCUCAUCAGAGGUCAGAAAUAGGUGAAAAGCAAGACACUGAACUUCAGGAGAAGGAAACUCCAGCUCAUGCCUCAGAUGUAAAGUCAAGCAGAACAAUGAAUGGUCUUUCACCCAAAGCUACUGGAGACAAAGUUUUUUCUUUUCCCAGCUCUUCUAGUAAAGAGAGGGUUGAAAUUGGCAGAGAAACUUCGGUAGUGAAACAAGCUUUAGCAAAAAUUCAACAACAAGAAAGAAAGGAGCAAGGACACUGGACACCCACAAAAUUAUCCUCUACAAAAUCUGCUGCAAACCAGGUUGGGAAAGGGAGGGAGGAGAUUGUUACAUCACCCAAAACCUUGGACAAUCAAGACAGUGCUCCUGGACAUGUUACAGAUAAAGCAGAAUUUAAGUUGAUGCAGCUUGAGGGAAAAAGRAGRAAAAAUGAGGAAAUCAUUGGAGGACAAAGUCCUAAAAUACCUGGAGGAGAAAAAAAGGAAUCUUCAAAACCAUUAGUGAGGCAAGGUAGCUUUACUAUAGAUAAGCCUAGCACAAAUAUACCUAUAGAACUAAUUCCUCACAUUAAUAAGCAAAGUGGUUCCGCUGCCCCUUUAAUAUCUGCAAACAGGUUAUGUGACAGAAGUGAUUCAAUGGACACUGAUUCCAGUAUAGAUACAACCCUCAUUUUAAAAGACACAGAAGCUGUAAUGGCUUUCCUUGAAGCUAAAUUGCGUGAAGAAAAUAAAACUGAUGAAGGUCCUGACACUCCCAGCUAUAACAGAGAUAAUUCGAUAUCGCCAGAAUCAGAUGUCGACACAGCCAGCACAAUCAGUCUUGUUACUGGUGACACUGAAAGAAAAUCCACGCAGAAGCGGAAGAGCUUUACAACCUUAUAUAAAGAUAGAUGUUCUACUGGUUCCCCUUCAAAGGAUGUUUUAAAAUCUUCAACAAGUGCCAGAGAAAAGAUGGAAAAGAAAACUAAGAGUCGAUCUUCAGAUGGUGGGUCCAGAACUGAYGCUCGCAAAACUGUUCAAUCCAGUGGAAGAAUGAGGCAACCUUCAGUAGAUUUAACAGAUGAUGACCAAACAUCUAGCGUACCUCACUCUGCCAUUUCUGAUAUCUUAUCAUCUGACCAGGAAACCUACUCUGGCAAAKCACAUGGAAGAGUUCCUUUUGCCUCAGCAGAUGAACUUUUACAUUCCAAGGUGGAAGGAAAGUCASCUAAAUCAAAAACCUCUCCUGUUGGACUUGGGCAAUCUAGUAAAUCUACCACUCUUCCAAGACCUCGUCCCACAAGGACUUCUCUCUUGCGCAGAGCACGGCUUGGUGAAGUCUCGGAUAGCGAGCUUGCUGAUGCCGAUAAGGCUUCAGUAGCUUCUGAAGUGUCCACUACRAGUUCUACAUCAAAACCUCCUUCAGGGAGGAGAAAUAUUUCCAGAAUAGACUUACUCGCUCAACCUCGCAGAAAUCGACUUGGCUCUUUAUCAGCACGUAGUGAUUCUGAAGCAACAAUAACCAGAAGCACUGCCGCAUCUCGUACCCCAGAAGCAGUUAUCAGAAGUGGUUCAAGGUUGAUCUCAGGGGGAGAUAAUAAAGUUUCUGCUAGAACUCGAGCCAACAGCAUUUCUCGACUUUCGGAUUCAAAAUCCAAAUCCUUGGCUUCGGCUCAUAAUUCUCCCUCAGUAAGUGCAAGAUGGAGGCGCUUUCCUACAGAUUAUGCUUCCACCUCAGAAGAUGAAUUCGGAUCAAACCGUAAUUCCCCUAAACAUACCCGUCUGCGUACCUCUCCAGCCCUGAAAACCACGCGACUGCAGAGCGCUGGGACAGCAGCUCAAAGCAGCAACACAUUCAAGCACAGGAUAAAGGAACAGGAAGACUACAUUCGUGACUGGACUGCYCACCGGGAAGAGAUAGCAAGGAUCAGUCAAGAUCUGGCUCUCAUCGCACGGGAAAUCAACGAUGUAGCAGGAGAGAUAGAUUCAGUGACUUCAUCAGGCACUGCCCCCAGUACCACAGUAAGCACUGCUGCCACCACCCCUGGCUCUGCCAUAGACACUAGAGAAGAGGUAGGAGAUCUUCAUGGAGAAAUGCAUAAGUUGGUGGACCGAGUAUUUGAUGAAAGUCUCAAUUUUAGAAAAAUCCCUCCAAUAGUGCAUGCGAAACCCCCGGAAGGGAAUGGUCGGCCUAGUGAUGCCAGACCUCAGCUGACAGAUGCCCUCGAUCCCCCAACAAUUACCCGCAGAAGGACUUGGAGCAGAGAUGAAGUUAUGGGGGACAGUUUGCUGUUGUCCUCAGUCUUCCAGUUUUCUCGCAAGAUAAGACAAUCCAUAGACAAAACAGCUGGCAAAAUCAGAAUAUURUUUAAGGACAAAGACAGAAAUUGGGAAGAAAUUGAAAACAAGUUACGAGCUGAAAGUGAAGUUCCUAUUGUAAAAACAUCAAGCAUGGAAAUAUCAUCAAUCUUGCAAGAACUGAAACGAGUUGAGAAGCAGCUUCAAGCAAUUAAUGCUAUGAUUGACCCUGAUGGUACCCUGGAUGCUCUGAGCAACUUGGGAUUCACCAGCCCCAUGUUACCAGCUCAGCCGAAGMCGAAGUCCAGCCCUGUUUCCCAAGGUGCCCGCCCUCCAGUGCAGCCAAACUGCCAGCCCGAGGCUCGAGCUGCUCGUCCCACCACUGGCUCUGUGACAGCCGAAUUGGAAAAUGCUGAAUCUGAGGCAGAUUUCAGCAUACAUUUCAAUAGGUUUAACCCAGACGGGGAAGAAGAAGAUGCCACCCUGCAUGAGUGACAUCUCAGYGUUUGAUACAAAAACCUUUCAUGUGGAAUGUUUAGAAAUCAAGGAAAACUUACAAUGUUGGUUUUUAUAUCUAAAAAAAAAAAGGCUUGGUCAAACAGCAGUUGUUUUAUUAAACCAGUCUUCUUUUAUUGUGAUGCUUUGAUUGUCACACAAAUCCUUAAUCCUUUUCAAAUCAUAAAGAUAUGCAUAGAUAGCAGUGUAGGAAAGCAGAUUGUGGCAGGUUUGCCCUUUGUGGUUGUGUGCUUUGCAAAAGAAUUAUUAUAUCAGCAGUUUUCCUUUAAUAGAUUUAUUUCUUUUUAAAAGCCAUGCAAGCAGUUUAACAUUUACUGAAAACCCCAAAUCUCUUUGCCAAGCUGCUCUGAUGAAUGGACUUCCUCCUCUAAAGCUUGUAYAGAACUGUUGAACAGUUAUGUUUGAUUCUGAAUUAGAUGAUUUAUAUAGGAAACAUUAUCUUUGACUACAAUGACACAUUACUGCACAAGUAAGACAGAUUCCAGAAAGCAUUCAUUCUCAUGUACUGGAAAAUCUCAARCAGUUCUGUGGUUUAUGUAACGUUGUUGCUGCGUAAAUUGUCUUGGGGUUUACAAGUAAGUUCACAUGUUAUGUUUGCACUAAAAUUUGCUGGGAGUGGUAGGUAAACAUAUCGAUAUCAUUGAACAGCWAGCAGUGUUUUAGUGUACAUAGAAAACUGAUAAUACUGUCCUUGUAUUAUCAUUACAGUGUUUUAGUCCACUUUCUGAAAAGACUAUUUGGCACUUUUUGAUCUUCUUCAAAUGUCUUUUUGAAGCUAAUGAAAGUAGAAGUAUUUCAUAUCUCAUUGCUGUCCAAAUCUUUGUUGAAACUAGAAAACAAAUUUAAACAUACAGCAAUGUGGGAUUUAUUAAAGCAUAUUGAGGCAAAUGGGCUCCCACCAAUCCAAAUGCCGCAUAAGCUUASAGAAGAAAUUACUGUUUAUUUGGAAUGAUCAUGAGAUGUAAAAUUUUCUUUAGGAGACUUGGAAAUAGAGUUGUCAUGAUUUGCUUGAUCGAUAGAUGCACUCCCAAGCAAAUUAUUUUAUUUGCUUCUGUAUAUUUUCCUGUAGUCUUGCUAGUAAAGCUGUCCCUGUCUUACAUAUUUAAAAGAAUUCUGGACAACGACUGCUAACAUGGAGAUUUUGCUUAUACCACUGAAAAGCAAGUCUAUUUAAAGUUUCCUAUAUAAGCCUAUUUCCUUAUCAGUUGUCCCAGUAACUUAACAUUUGGAAAUAAUAAUAAAAAUUAAAGUAAAUUACUUUGUAUUUCCAGAACACUGUAAUUUGGAGGAAUGUUUUUUCUGUUAAAUGUAACUAAUAGACUGGAAUUUUCUUAUGUUUGCAUCAGUCUCUAUAUAUUAAGGUUAAAGAUACAGUUUUGCAGCUUUUAUGAAAUGGUCUUUAAUAUUUCAGCAAUAAUCCUAUAUGAGAUUUGUUUUUAAAAAAAACCUACUUUCUGUACGCUUUUGAAUUGUACAGGCUUUCAGAAAUCAGUAAAAGUUGGACCAGUUAAUAAAGAUGCAAAGACUUUUUUUGUAGAGAUGUAAAAACAAAACCACUAAUCUGUUGUAUAAUGGAUUUCAUAUUUUCUUUAAAAAAAUUAAAAGCAAACAGUCUUCAUGUAUGACUCAAUAUGCUCUACUACAGCUACCUGUGGGAGCCUGAAUGACACUAGUUUACAGAGGCUAGAGGAAAAUUUUUUGAAGGUGCAGAAGGGCAAAAAUAAAUGGAAACUAGAGCUAGGUGUUGAUAAUUGAGUGUACCAAACCAUCGCCAUGAUUCCUUCUUUUGUUUAAUGCUUGGGAACAUAAUUUUUCUGCAGAUUCAAGUAGAAAGYAGGAAAUGGCUAGGAAGGAUUAAAGGUGCAGGCUCUUCAUACGAGAUUCUGUUUGUGUUCUUUCAGGCAUUUUUACCUUUAUGUUGUGUAAUAAGCAUUUUGCAUUACUAUGUUAUUAUUUUGUAUGGACAUGUUCUCCUUAUUUAUUUUUGUUACAUUUAUUAUGUAUGUUAUUUUGUUAUAUGCAUUUACAACUCCAUUUUUAAAUAAAGUGUUUCUGGAACUU